UGGAUUGAUUAUCUCUUUUUUGAAAAUGUUAGUUACUUUUAUCAGUUGGAUUUUCGUCGUAGUGCAUCAUCAAAAUUUCAACUUCUUCGAACAUUAUGUCAACAAGCAAAAGCAAUGACUGAUGAUUAUUUGGAAGAAUUUUAUUCAGAACAACUCAUAACAAAUCAAAUAAUUUCGAAUAGUUCAUUUCAUAUACAAGUAGACGCAUUUAUAGACAUGUAUAAACGAACAAUAACAUCAGUGUGGAAGAAUUCAUUAGGAUUAAUUAGAUCAACUAUCAUAGCAAACCAUUUAUUUUCAGCAAUCGAAACACGCUCUGUAUAUAAAAUUAUAGAUUGGAGUCCGAAUGGCACGUGGAUGCAUAUGGGAACGAUUAUGUAUCAUGAAGGAGCUUCAGCAUUUCCCGUAUUCAACUGUUUCCAUGAUAAUUUCCAGUUCCGUCAGUUACCUGAAGGCAUUUAUGCAGAUAUUGAUCGUUACGACUGUGCUGGAUCACUCUUCUGGGAAGACAAAGAAGAACUAUGCAUGAGUGGAAAUACUAAUUAUAUUGAUACAGAUUUUUUUUGUGCUUGGAAUGAAUGCAGUGUAUACGGUGGAUUAUAUGCUGUUUUGACAUUAAUUGUACCAAAUAUUGUGACAUUUAUUCGAAGACAAAAACGAACAGAAUCAGAAGAUGCAAAUAUUAUUCAAAUACCACGAUUAGCUCGUCUACGAAUAUCAUUUCGUUCAAUCGUUAAUGUAUUAUGGAAUGUAAAUAUUUUCGAUAGCUAUUCAUCCGAUGAAUAUCGACGAAAAAGUGAACGUAUUUCAACAAAAAGUUAUUUUCUUCUAUUAAUUAUUUGUUUAAUUAUAUUUACAACCUAUACAGUAAUAGAAUAUCAAGAAAAAACAAUAUCUAUCCCAUAUCCAGAACAAACUAAGUUUGAACAAAUGAAAAAUAUGUCAUUGACAAAUCUUCAGUGUCCAUGCGAUCGCAUCGCAACAAAAUAUUCAGAAUUCAUUAGUUUUAAUCCAAUAUUCCAUCAAGUAUGUUCAGGUAUAUCUAUGCUCGACUAUGACUAUGGUGUCAUGUUCAUAUUAUACGUGUCUGAUAUUAGAGCAAACUUUCAGGUUAUUGCAAAUUCUUUUUUUGUCAUUUUAUCUGCUUUGUGCAAUUCAAGUAGAGAAACAGUUGCAAAUAAUAUAGGACAACUUAUUGAAACAGAAUAUGUUACAUCUGAAGUUAUGGAAGAGAAUAAAUUCAAUCAAGAAAUGGUUUCCUUCUUAGGAUUAUUUAUUGAUCAAACAGAACAAUCUUUUCAAGAACAAUUAAAUUUACUUCGAAGGGUUAUUGCGGGAAAUAAAGUACGUUAUGCACCUCGAGGUGUGUUUAUUACUGAUGACAUGCUUUUGGAUACUCUAAUGCUAGACAGUUUCGUUGUCUAUAACAAUUCAGUAUGUUCUUGCGCAACUGAUCUCAUGUGUCCGCAACAAAUGUUCGCUCGACACACAAACAGAAGCGAGGACAUAAAUCUGCCUGGUAUUUACCGUGGUUGUUAUCCGAUUGAUAUGUUAUUUCUGUCAACUAUGGAAUGUUUUUAUAAUGAAACAUGUAUGCACCAUAUCAAAGUUCCCGCGUGGGAGAAUUUUGGUGUCUAUACAAAAUUCAAACCCUUGGAGUACAAUGAAACAAGUCGAUAUAGCAUAAAUGAAACACUUGAGACAUUUAUUAGAAAUCUGUUUAUUGAAAAUUGGAAUGAAAAUUAUUCGUAUAGUUCAUAUUACAAUCAAUGUAGCCCAGCAUAUUGCUCAUAUAUUAUUCGACAACGACUUGGUUUUAUUGAUAUUUUAAGAAGAGUGAUUGGUUUCUACGGUGGAUUAACGAUUAUUUUGAAAAUCUUAGUACCAAGUUUGAUCAAACUACUUCGACGAAAAUCAAGAAGAGAAAUAGGUAAGAAUUAA